AUGGCUUCAGAAACUAUACUUUUGACCGGGGCAACAGGUUUCGUAGGCUUCCGCAUUCUCGUUUUCUGUCUGCGCAGAGGCUAUCGAGUCCGGGUUGUGUUACGAGAUCUUUCCAAGAAAGCACACAUCCUCAGCACUCGGUCGAUCCAGCAGCUAGGCACUGCGGCCAAUCUGACUUUCGUUGAGAUUCCCGACAUUUCCAUCCCCGCGGCAUUUGAUCAGGCGCUCCACGAUGUCGACUAUGUAAUCCAUGUUGCCGCCCCCGUCGUUUCAGUAGAUCCAUCAUCAAUCAGUCCAGACCUAGCAUCACAUUACGUCCAACCGACUGUAGAUGGUGUGCUGCACUUGCUUCACUCGGCGAAAGCACAUGGCACGAUCAAACGCAUCAUUAUUACCAAUUCGCUUGCCGCCCUCGUCGACUAUGUCACAGACACCCCAGAGACUAUCCACACCGAGUCAACGAGAGUAUCGAACAUCCUGCCGCCACCCUACCCUUAUCCCUUCAGAGCUUACGCCGCCGCCAAAGCAAGCACGCUGAAGGUAGCUGAAGAUUGGGUCGAGUCAGAGAAGCCUGCCUUUGAUCUCGUGCACAUAGCACCAGGCCACGUUUUCGGACCUAACGAGCUUGUCACCGACCCUGCUGAACUAUUGCAAGCAGCGUCAAAUCGAAUCAUUCUCAUGCCCGUCACCGGCUCAACAUACCCCAUGGAAGCAGGAGUAACGGUACACCUUGACGAUGUGGCCGAGGCCCACCUUCGCGCUUUGAAUCCAUCAAUCCCCGGAAAUCGACUAUAUCUCCUGAGCUCGGGAGGGGUGGAGGGAACAAAGCUAGAUGACUGCUUCGAAAUUGUGGCGCGCAACUUCCCGCAUUAUGUUGGGAGUACGUUGCCCAACAACGGAUCUCUGCCUUCCUCGGUUUUCAGGGUGGAUGCGAGCGAGUCGGCCCGGCUUCUGGAUAUUGACUGGAUUCUGUAUGAGCAGCAGGUUCGUGAUCUGGUCGCCUAUUACAUCGAGUGUGUUCAACGGCGAGCUAGCCUGACAACUUCAGACUAG